AUGUCUCGCCAUCCCGAACUACACGAACUGCUCGUGGCAUCCAUGCAUGUGGCGUGUCCCAUGACUGUGCCGGUCGUUGUACCACGCUUGGCUGACAUGAGCGACGAAGACUAUCGAGUGGCACUCGGAUACAAGUCCGACGAAGAUGAGGGCAAGUACAUUGAGCGCAUGACUGGCAUUGUCACGUUUUACGCCGCCAUCGUCCAGGUCGACUCGCUGCCCGGCAUGAAAAAUCCAGUCGGCAUCGAUGUGGGCUGGCGAUGGGUGGCUCGCACUUUGAACAUGCGGCCACGCAAAGUGACCCCGUCCGUUUUGCUGGCGUUUUUGUCUGUUGCUGGACAUUCCCUUCACAAGACGUACAAGAAGCAGUUUGCAAAACUGCUGCAGUUUGUGGCCAGCGACUACUCUGCCCGCAUGCCUGAUGGCUGCGAGGGCGCCGUUGCUCGCCUUCGCGUCUUCCUUGACGGAGUGUUCAAGUCACGCAGUGUCCCAAUACCUGAGGGUCGCGAAUUGGCGACAUCGUAA